GUUUUCUAUAUGGAUAUAUAAUCAAUACAAGAUAGUUUUCAUUUUAUUUUUUGGUGGGCGUAAUUACAUUCUAUAUAUCUCCAGACACUGUUUCUUUUCUUUGUUCUUCACUAACUCACGAUGAGCUCCAAAGAUGGUGAUUUGAUUAACCAAGCUGAAAAUAAAGCUGCCAAAAAAAACUUCAAAAACAAUUCUAAAAGAAAAAGUCAUGUUGCCGGUGCAGAAAUUCCUAAUAUAAUCGAUAGGCAAUCGAUAUUGGGCUUGAAAUGGAUUGGUUUGUUUGAAGAAGAAGUAUCAUUUAAAUUUUUUCAUUUUGAGAAGGCAAUGCUCAAUUUAAUUAAACAGCCAAAUAUUAAUUCUACAGUUAUACUCAGAGCAGAUAUUUUGAAAGAAAAUAAUGAUAAAAUAAAUGAAAAGCCCAAAAUUCCGUUAAAUUUUAAUAAUAAUAAUAAUAAUAAUAAUGAUAAUGAUAAUGAUAACUGCAGUGAUAAUGGGAUUUUGAUUAAAAACUUGGACGAUUUAGAGAUCAAGCAAGUGCCAUUAAGUCUUGAUUUUAAGCCAUUAUAUCAAAUAGUGCGAAGAAUUAUACCUAGAAACCCAUUUAAAGACUGUAUAAUAAACCAGACGUGUUUAAUGUUGAUUUUGGAUGAUUCAAAAGAAUUUGAUCAGUCUUUAUUAAUUGUUUACAUUCCCCAUAUUGACAAUAAAUUAGAUUGUCCAUUUUAUUUGCCGGCGGUUAAUGCGAUUGGAAUAUUAUAUCACCAUGGUAAAUUAUCUAUUCAUUAUUUACCAUUUGAUUAUUUAAAUGAAAACGGGCUAUCAAUUAAAGAGGUGAAAGAGUUAUUACCUGUAGAUAGACCAAUUAGGACUGCUUAUAGACUUUUGCAGACUGCUAAAAAGCAUUCAAAUGGGGUUAUGAACGGGUAUCAAAAGAGAGUUACACAUGAUUUAAUUGUUCCCAAAGUGUUAUUUGAAAAUAGAUAUAUUGCAUUGAAAAAAAAGUAUUCCAAGUAUUUGGUUGAUAAUUGGGCUGAAUCAACCAAUCCAUUGAAACAUGUGUUUGAGGAUAUAUCAAUUGCAGCAUUUUUGAUUGAAUUUUGGAGCAAGAUUUAUAAAAACAAACAGGAGUUUGAGUUUCGAGAUUUGGGAUGUGGAAAUGGGAUAUUGGUGUAUAUUUUGUUGAUGGAAGGGUAUAAAGGAGUCGGAAUUGAUGCAAGAAAGAGGAAAUCGUGGAAAUUGUUUCCAGAAAAAAUCCAGGAUAAGUUGAAAGAGAAAAUCAUAAUACCAAGUGUUUUGUUGCGACCUGAUCCAAAUAUCAUGAAAAUCAGGCCUGAUUUGAAGGAUAAUGGCAAAACGUUUCAAGUACCAAUCAGAUCAAAUGAGUUGAUUAAUAAUUCAUUGUUAUCAUCCGGGGUGCCACUUUAUGCAUGCUAUUCAUCAAAGUAUUUAUUAGAAUCAUCAUAUGUUGAAACAUGUGAAUAUUCCAAAAACACAUUUAUUAUUGGAAACCAUUCGGAUGAGUUGUCAUGCUGGAUACCAUUGUUAGGGUAUCCAUUUAUUGUGAUACCAUGUUGUUCAUAUAAUUUAUCUGGAGUGCGUGUAAGAUUUCAGCCAUCCUCAUUUUCGAUUAAAAACAUCAAUUUCAAUAAAUUUACCAACUCGUCCUCAUCGACAUAUUCGGGAUUGGUGGAACAUAUCGAGUACUUAUCUAGAUCAAUUGGAUGGAAGAUAGAAAAAGAGAUUUUAAGGAUACCCAGUACAAAGAAUUGUGCAAUUAUCGGAACGGAAAAAUUCAAAGUGGAAGAAAUUAAAAAGUAUCAAGUUGACGUAAAGAGUAUAUAUGAGAUUUUGAUGAUGGAAGGUGGAGCAGAUGGUUGGGUAUUUAGUGCAUUGAAUCUUAUAAAGUCUGGAACUAGAAAUCAUUAAUCAAAUAAGGGUAGUUAUUAAAAAGUUGGC